CGAUAAGGUCAAGAGAUGUGCUCGCUCGUUGACUUUCCUAUAUAUUACAAAGAGAUACAAAUUUUCAAUCAUUUACAAGAAGCCGCGGAGAGCAUAGGACGAUUCACAAUGGGGAAUAUGGGAAAUUUGGGAUCUUUGAUAUUCUUUUGGGCUCUGCUGGUUGCAGUGGUAGCCAUGGCCACCGAGCAUCGUCCUUUUGAGCGGACUAAAGGCGUCAAUGGUCUCGACAAGAUUAUCGUCCGGGACCAUCGCGGUCAUUCCUUUGAGGUUUACUUGUAUGGAGGACAAGUGACUUCUUGGAAGAAUGAUAAGGGAGAGGAGUUACUUGUUAUGAGUAGCAAGGCUAUAUUUAAUCCUCCAACACCGAUUCGUGGAGGGAUUCCAAUAUUGUUUCCACAAUACAGUAACACCGGUCCACUUCCCUCACAUGGGUUUGCAAGACAGAGGUUCUGGGAAAUUGAUGCUAAUCCACCUCCUUUGCCAUCAAGUUCUUCUUCUCAUGCUUUCGUUGACCUGAUCCUGAGAUCAUCCGAUGAUGAUUUGAAGAUCUGGCCUCACAAAUUUGAGUAUAGACUGAGAGUAGCAUUGGGACAUGAUGGAGAUUUGACGUUGACAUCUCGUGUCAAGAACUCUGAUACCAAGCCCUUUAACUUCACAUUUGCCCUUCACCCCUAUUUCGCUGUUUCCAAUAUCAGUCAAAUCCAGGUCGAAGGAAUGCACAAGUUGGAUUAUCUUGACCAACAAAAAAACAGAACACGUUUCACAGAUCAUGAGAAGGUUAUAACUUUCAAUGCUCAACUUGACAGGUUGUACCUAAGGACUCCAGAUAAUCUAAGAAUCGUAGACCAUAUGAAAAAGAAGACUAUUGUUGUACACAAGGAGGGACAAGUUGACUCCAUUGUGUGGAAUCCAUGGGACAAGAAAGUGUCCGACUUGGGAGUUGACGACUUUAGGCGUUUUGUAACGGUGGAAAGCGCGGCUGUCGAGAAACCGAUCAAGGUGAACCCCGGCCGAGAGUGGAAAGGAAUACUACAAAUGUCUGUGGUUCCUUCGAGCUGCCCCAGUGGAAAGCGUGACCCAAAAAAGCCUUGCGUUCAUCAUCCUUGAAAAAGAACCAACUUUAAAACUGUAUUAUUCCCCUUAAAGUAUACUACUUUACUUAAUGUUCCCGAGACACAUCACAUGGUGAACAUGUAAGUUAGUUGGGGAUCCAAACUGGACUCUUGAACCAGUUUUAUUGUUUUGUAAUUCUAGUUGUUCGUAAAUCCUGUUCAAUAAUAAAGUAUAAAGUGAUUUACAGUAA